AUGCCAUCAAUAGCAGGAACACCUACACUCCCAGCUCGACAUUUUGAACAGGUCUAUCUCGAUUAUGUUGCUGGGCUUGACAGAAAAUCUGGCAAAAGCCAUUUCAUCGGCAAAAUCAAGCUGCAAUAUGAGAAUGUCCCCAUCGAAGACCUACAAGAUUCGGUCGACAGCCUUGUGCAAAAGUGCGCGGACCGUAAAUUGCGAAGAUGGCUGCAGGCCUUCGUAAUGCCAGUUGUCAACGGUUUAAAAGACUACUCUCAAGCUAUUGAUCAGUUGGUCGCUGCCUACCCAAUGCCUGCAGCGAUCGUUUGGGGAGGUAUGAGGGCUGUGAUCGAAGCAACAGUGCGGUUCAACGGCUCACUCGAAACGAUUCAAUCGGUGCUAGGGACACUUACAUCGCACAUGUGGGCCUUAGGAUCGUGUGACACACUAUAUUCGAGUUCUGGGCAUUCGGCUCCCACCGUUCAGGCUAUCGUAGGCCGUUCUUAUGUCCACAUAAUCGAUCUUUUGUACAAGAUCACUAAGCAGCUUUCCAAAGGCCAGCUCAAGCAAGUGGGCAGUGCCAUCUUCCGGAAUGAAAAAUUUGAAAAAGCAUUGAUGGUGCUCAAAGAAGACGCAGAUGAAUUGCAACGAAUCUGUGCAGUUGCUGAAGCCGAGUUAGAGUCACAGUCGCGCGAAAUUGUUGCCGAGUUGUCGGAAGAAUUUCGUGCAGAAAGACAGCUUCAAAUCAUCGAAAGGGCGGCGGCUGCAGAAGAACGCAGGCUGAAUGAGCUUCAUCGCCGAGACUUGGAAGCAGAACUCAAAGCUGCAAGGGAACAGUUGAGGCAGGGAUUCGAAAUCAGUGAGCAGUAUCAGCGUGCUGCAGCUCGUCGUGAGUUGAUCGAGUCAAUCAACGGUGACCACAGUUACAAUGCAGAUCUCCUGCGAAACAUGAUCGAAGGCAGGCAUCCAGAAACUUGCACCUGGGUUUUUGGGCGUCCCUCAUGGUUGUCAUGGGUGUCUGAAAAGCCAGCGAAACCAGUCUUUUGGCUUCAUGGAAAGCAUGGAUGCGGAAAAUCAUACAUCUGCUCGGCAGCAAUCGAAAAAAUCAAAGGUAGUCCAGGUGUUCAACAAUGCGUUGCAUUUCUGUUCAUAUCAAGAGGUCGAGAGACCAGCAGAACUCAGCUCUUGCGAGCAUUGGCAUAUCAAAUUGCUAAAUGCGUGGAGUCCAGCUCUGGUGACAUCUCCGACGACACAGCAUGCCUGAUAAAAGGCUGUUCCACAGAUCCAACUUGCUUCGAGCGCUUGAUCAGCAGGUUACUGCUGGAAAUACCGAGGAUGUUCAUAUUUGUGGAUGGAUUGGAUGAAGCAUCGAACUCGCACGAUAUGGCCGCUUUUGUCUGUUUCUUGAGAAAUGAGGCGGUAUCUUCUGGGCGACUUCGACUUUGGUUGAGCUCACAAUAUUCCCCGAUCAUAGAGGCUCUCGUCUCUCAUCCCUAUGCAGACAAAGUUUUGGAACUCGCUGUGGAGGUCGACGACACGGAACGAGACAUCACUCGGUACCUAGACCAGGCGGUUCCUGAGUCGACGAAAAACGCCAACAGUUUCGCACAACAGUUCGUCACAAUAGCUGUGAACACUGAGGUCCAAGGAAGCUUUUUGUGGGCUGCGCAAAUGAUGAACGACCUCAAAGAACAAGCAGAGAACAGCGACGACCUCUUACGGCUCGCAGGAAGGGGCCUUCCGACAUCGAUGCACGACUACUACAGGACUACCAUUGCAGCAUAUCGUAAACGACCAACUUCGCACUCAGCCCUACCGCUUUGGAAAAUAAUCCUUUCUCUUCUUACCUUCGUCAAGCGGCCCUUACGUCUCUACGAAAUCCGAGAGGCAAUCGCGGUCAUUCGUUCAGCCGUAAUCUCAAAUAUUGCGGAAUCGAUGCUCAUACUAGAUGAUACGAAGAUCACAAGUGAAUGUCCCGCACUGGUCAGAUAUGUCAAGCCCGGGGAUGGAAGCACGAACGGAACACUAGUGCUCUCACACUCUGCCGUUCACACCUUUCUUCGUGAGCAUAGUGAAAGUGAUAAGCGUACCCGUUGCACAAUCCCCAACUGUCAAGAGUGCGAUCUUGUUUCGGCCGACAUUAUCACCCUUUGCUGCUUGAGAUAUUUGAUGCAACCUCGAUAUGUGGCAAUGGAGCAAAAGUCGCGUCUCCAUUUUGUUUCUCAGGAUGGAUCCGCGUUGAAAGAACACCAGUUGGUGCUGUACGCUGCUAAGUAUUGGUACAGGCAUUGUGAUGAGUCCUCAGCCUCCACAGAGAUCCAAGAACUUGUCCGAACUUUCUUAUUAUCGGAGAACUUUCAAACUUGUCUACAAAUCCAAAGUGUUUCAAUCAUUGGCCACUUCUUGAUCAGCUUCAACCAAUUGACCGGCCGUCCAAAAAGUCUCAAACAGAAUCUACCUUCAUGGACGAAAUUGAUCGACGGUGAGACAAUUAAAUUUCAUGAUCAGUAUAAAGAGAUGCUUCGAGAAUGGAGCCACCUUUUGCAACUUGGUCUAAGCUCUCGGUUCAUCGGUGAGGUUGAUAGAGUUUUCUGGAAUUCUCUGGGUCCCGAGAGCUUUUUGAGCAAAGGAAGAAGCAGGUAUGAUUCAUUCAUCCUAGGUGAUGUACCUUCAGUUUGUCCACAGAAGCCAACAAAAGCACCAACUUCAUGCCUGAUACUUUCGUCGUCUGAUGACGGUGCCACGCACACUUUGUUUUACUUCGACUCCGGAAACAGCAAUGAAAUAAAGGUUCAAAUCAAGUCUUUACAAAUCCCCGCCUCAGAUAAAUGGAAACAGCCGGCGAACGUGAUAGUCGACCUUACAAUCCCAGUCUCGCAGAACGAAUCAGAAUUGGUGACUUAUGAGUUCCCUUGCUCGCAAAAUCUCCCUUUGAUACCACAGGUUACACAAGCAGCACCAAGUAAUACCAUAAAAGUUGGUCGAAGUGGUGAUGUUCUGCAUGUUGGUACAAAAGUCUUUAUUCUUCACACCCAUGGUCCAAAUUCAAAAUAUCGACAGAUGAAUCUUGAUGAGGACGAUGGAUACUUCGAAGAGUCUUGCAGGUGGGGCAACUUCACGGCAUUGGCUCGGAGAAGAAGACUCAAGAAAAUGAAUGCGGAGGCACUGCAGAAGGAGAAAGAACGUGUUGCGCAAAGGCUGAAACGGCGGAGAGAACUAGAUCGCGAAAGAGGGAUGGAAUAUGAAUCUGACGGUAGUGACGAGGAUUCCGAAGGACCAAAUCAUGGUAGACCUUCGGAUGACGACCUGAUCGUGGACCAGGAUGAAUCAAGUACUAACUCAGAAGAGGAGCUUGAAGGGGAGGAAGACCAUGGGCAUCACGCUCCGCCUGAUUCAAGUGACACUGAAUCCCUUGCUGCCUCUGAAGACUCAGCAAGCCCUAGUUCAUUUAAUUCGCCUAUCCAUUCAGAAACCGACACUGAUGACGAGAAGUCAGAUUUUGUUUCUGGCAAUGAUGAGGAAGAUAUGGCCUCUGAUGGUAACAGCAGCAUCAGCUCCCUCGUAUCCGAGACUGGCGAGAGAUUUUCAGAGAACGAUAGCGCGGAGGAGGGCAAACAAGUUCCUUCCGGAGCAGAAGAAGAAGAGACGUAUUUCUAUCCUGUUGGGAUAGAGCCAAAAGUCUCUAGUAGCAUUGGUGUUCUGUGCGAUGAGUGCGAUUCUUCGCAACAGGAAACAUGGUUCCGUUGUGCUUUUUGUGAACCAGAGAAUGGUUAUGAUCUUUGCACAGAAUGUGUCAAAGAGAAAGGCGUAUGGUGUUAUGAUAAGAGGCAUCAAUUGUAUGAAUGUGGACCCAAUGAAAUUCGCAAUGUUAUAUCGUGGAGUAAUUUCAUCAUUCACCAAGAACUUCGUGUCUUCGAUACCACAAACGAUGCAGACAAGUUGAUCUUCUCAUACAGCAAGACGAAGCCCGAAAUGCUUCACGAAUCGCCACCCAUUUUUCACCCUACGGAACCAAUCGUGGUCUGGCCGCUGGGCUACGACAGCUUGCUCUUUGCCAAUUUUAGUAAAGGCUUGAAGCACAUUCAUUCACACCGAGCAACAUCAGCUAAAGCCCGCCAGCUGUCCAUGAGCCUUCACUUCUCUGAAGAUGGCCAAUAUCUCCACGUGGGGACAGUGGAAGCAGUGAGGAUGCUUGAGAAAAAGAAGAGAGAUGUCCGAGCACCCAAAGUCUAUGGUCUCACUGUUGUCGUAGAGACUCUUCGGAUCUCAUGCUCUGAGUCCAGGAUUAAUCGACCAGUCACAAUCACCAAAAAGCUUCACAACCUGGGAAUAUGGAAGAAGAUAUAUUUCCCGACAAUACCGUACACGUGGACCUGGAGCAAGUCAAACGCUUAUUUUUGCAUCAAUGGCUUGACGCUGAGAGCAUAUGAGAUCCCACUAGCUGCCCCAGGCUUCGCUAUCCCGGAGGACAAACCAAUCAAGACUCCGUCGGAGACGAUUUUCCUACCGCAUUCCGCGCAGGAGCGAUCUGUGCAGUUCUUUCCGCCCAGCUUGACAGCUGGAGUUUCAACUGUCAUUAUCGGUCCUCAAUACGGGCCAGAGCCGUCUGCUGCGAUUGCCGUACACCUGAGCGAGAAAGACUUGGGGCCUUGGGUGGAUGUCAAGGAAAAAGAGGAGGCGAAUAGUCUGAAAGGACUGAAGCGCAGGGCAACGGGCAAAUUCGAAGAGUUCGAUACUGAUGACGACUGUGAUAUCAUCCCUUACGAUGCGAGCUGA